AGAUAAUGAAAAUCACAAUAUAUCCAGUGGACAAUGGAGUUCCGCAGGUUGUGACUAAUAAGGGUGGUACAACAUUAAGGAUUCUCCCUACCGGUCACCUUGGGUUCCUUAUCACUAGUAAAACGCUAAAGGCAGAGGACAGAGACAGCGUUCAUGGAGCAGUGACUUUUAAAAUGACUGUGGCCGCUGAACAUGGCUACCUCAUUGACUUGGGAAAAGGCAAUGCUACUAUCACUACAUUCACCCAAGCUGACAUCGAUGACAUGCAUAUAUGCUACGUGCUUCGAGACGGAGACAAUGCCACAAGCGACACAUUCCACUUUUCCAUCGAAGACAGUGUGGGCUUUGAGGAUGCUUUACGUUUCAGAGACCCUCCCGACAGCCCGUUUAUUGUUCUCCUACGCAAUGGCUAUGGAGAAACGUGUUAUUUUGUGAUGCCACCAUUUCUCUUUUCCCAUGAAUAUGAAAAAAUGCUCUCACCUCCCACUCCCAAUCUUCUGUAG